GCGUGUACAGUAAAAACGGCUUCUUGUGAACAAGGGGUGUGUAUUUUCCGCCCACCUCACCAUCCCUGGCGCUAAUUGGUUCCUUUGUCUGUCAAUCCAAUGAGGUGACAAAGGUGUUGUUUAGACGCCUUUGACAGGUAUGUCGCCAACAAGGGGGCCACGGCGACCUAUAACGGAUGACAUGUCUAUUCUGUUCCGUGUGUAGUUUUUAGGGUUAAACGUGAUGAAAUGCUGCUUAGAUUUGAAAGCAACGUCGACAGCUAACGUAACACCGGACUGAAGCCCAUGGAUGUAGCAUAGCAGCCUGCUAGCCAACCACUGAGAAAGGUAGCCAUUGUUUGAGUUGUUGGCUAACAUGGCAACGGAAGCUAACAGCAGCUAGACGGAAUUAACUGCCGUGUUACUGGUAAGAUACUGCUGUGGUCAUCCUGCAUGAUGUGUGAUGGUCAUGGGGCUAGUGAGCAGUGCCUGUCCCUCUCUCCGUCUUGGGCCAGCCCUCCCAUUUAACCAUAUCCCCGAAGUCUCUCUCCCAUCCUGCCAAGAUGACCGACAGGAAGGAGCCACCCUUCUUUAAUGACGACAGUGUGGGAGCUUUUCACUAUAAGCUCCCUUUCUAUGACACUAUGGAGCUCUUCAUAGAGACCCUGACAGGGACCUGUUUUGAGCUGCGCGUGUUGCCCUUUGAGGCUGUCAUUUCAGUCAAGGCAAAGAUCCAAAGGCUGGAAGGUAUCCCAGUUGCCCAGCAACACCUUAUCUGGAACAAUCUGGAGCUGGAUGAUGAACACUGUCUACAUGACUAUGGCAUUGCAGAGGGCUGCACUUUGAAACUGGUCUUAGCUAUGAGGGGAGGCCCAAUUAAUACCAGGAGAGUAGCCAUGGAGGAUCCUAUCAAAGAGGUGACUGACCUGAUGGAGAGCACAAAGGAGGAGGGUUGUGAGAAAAGCCUGGCUAACAAGCAGGUUACAUUUGUGGUCUAUCGUGAAAAUGACCAGCUAAACUUCUUCCGGGUGGUCGACAGGGGAGAUGGAACCCUGACCCCUCUGUCUGAAUCUCUGAGUGGUGGCUCGGUGUACAAUGUGUGUGCAGAGGAGGAGGAGGAAGGAGCGAGUUCUGCAGUUGAACAGCAAAGCCUUGAGAACUCCAUCACCAUGAACAAAAUUAAGCUACUCAAAGCCAAGAUGGAGGACAUGAACCUCAACAAGAAGCCGAAGAAGUCGGCAAAGAUAAAACCACGGCCCCCUGUUAGCCCACAACCCUGCGGUGGCUCUCUAGGACUUUCCAACACACGUCACCACCAUCGCCUGUUUCGUUCGCACCCCCAGAUCAACCAGCCGUGGCAAUCAAAUGCACAACUACCUCCAAUCACAGAUCAUGAAUCUAUAGACUCCUCCCCACCGUCUGCUGCUGCAACCUCUGCCCCUUUUUCUAUCCCUAGACGACCCCCUCCCUCUUUGUCCUCGCCUUCUUGUUAUAUGCUUCAGGAGGAGGAGCCAUGGGAGACAUGCCCACCAUUUGCAAAGAUCCGGCCCCCUCCUAAAGUGUCCCGGUUGGACAUUGGCAGCACCAGGUUGAUGAGGGACUGUGUGUACCCUCAGCUUCCUCCGCUGUGUAUCAGGGGGCCACCUGAAGCCACCUUUGACCCCGCUGAGCCUGCAGGGGAGGCAGUCGGGCUGAGUUUAUUAGAGGAAGCUCCUGGGCUGGUGGUGCCAGCACAACCUGGAGCUCCAUUUGGGGAACUGUUAGACCCUCUGGGUCUGGAUGUGUCCACACAGCCAGAGGGAGGUCGUCGGUCCCUCGAGGUUGGGGCUCAGCACCAGUUUCCGCUCUCCCCCUCCCCACUCAGUACCUGGACACUUGGGACAAGUGAUACUUUCACCAGCAGAGGUCAGAGGACACAGCUCGGCACACCAUUUCAUAUCAGCCCCCCCUCUCCUUUGCCCGUUUCCACCUCAUCAUCCACUUCUACCAGGCCGCUGCCUCAGGCUUUUGAUUCCACUCUCUCCUGUUUACAGCCCAACCUUCAAGCACAAUCCUCAGCACAAGUGAAGCCAGCCAGCACAUCCCCUCACCCCUCCACCACCUUGUCAACUCAUCCACCACGCCUUUGUGGUGUUAAAGUGGAGUCACCUGGCAAAAGGCCAGAGCUUAUCUCGAAGAGGGAAGCAAGAGGCAUCACUAAGAUGGCCAACCAAGCAUCUAAGGAGCCACUGGGUACCCUAAACAACUCUGAACUCUUAGCGUCUCUCUCUACAAGGGCUGCAGAUAGCAGCAACAGGAAGGAUGGCUUUGGAGAGAGUCUGGGACUGGCAUUGCCCCCUGCCACUGCCUCAGGACUGAGCAGCCUUGGCUCCAGGCUGCCAUCCAUCCCAACUAACAGGCUUCUUCAGGAUGAUCUGAUAAGACAAGUAUCACCUUUACACCGAGCAGCAGCCUCUUACAUGGCCACCAACACACUUGAAUCAGCCGGGGGAGUUAUGACUUCAUUCGGGAGAUUAGGCACACCAACAUACCACCUACCUCCAGUCAAGGCUCCCACAGGCAGCAAGAAGAAGAGCUCAAAGCAUUGCUUCCUCUGUGGCAAGAAGACUGGCCUGGCCACCAGCUACGAGUGCAGGUGUGGUCACAACUUCUGUGCCACCCACCGCUACGCAGAGACGCAUGACUGCACUUAUGACUACAAGAGUGCCGGACGGAGAUUUCUGCAAGAAACCAACCCUCUCAUUAGUGCUCCCAAGCUGCCUAAGAUCUAGACCCGACAAACCCUCGCCUCUUCAUAGAGGAAGACCAACCUGAAGAACUACAGGUCAAACCGACUGAAUGGAAGAGAUUCUGCAAAAUCAUUUCUAGUAGAACGAAGGAACUAAUUCACCACUGUGUGCUUUUUUUAUCAGCAAGGUUUGCUUAACAUUUUAAUAAAAUAGUCUGUAAAUCCAAGUGUGAACAGACACGUAGACUGAAAUGGCAAAGACCUAAUGAUCUCUAAUUGACAAUGUGAGGAUGUUUAUCAUUUUUAUCUGUUACCUUGUUCUUUUUAUAUUGUGUCAAAACAAAACAAAAAAAAACUGUGCUUGUAUGUAGGUCGUUUUUGCUAAAUAUAUCUGCUGCACGUUUUAGUUUUGUCAGCCUUUUGUUUUUAAAGAUAGGACCGCUGAUGACUUUUCAUUCGACAAGUCUUUGACAGAUGCACUUUAGAACUAUCAUAUUUAUACGUUUGACUUUCCUUAUUGUGGGGGGAAGAAUACUUACAUUUCUGUUUGUUUUAUGAAGUGUUUAAAUUGUCGUCAUCCAGAUUGUUAUAUUCUUCACCUCUAAAUGUCUUUCUUACAUGGGCACAUACAUACCGACAUCACUAACAAUAUUUCUUAAAGAGAACAGUACACCCACUUAUUGAUGAAAUACUUAAUAUUUAUUAUUAAUAAAUAGUACUUAUUUAAAUUUAAGGUUGGUUUUAAAAUAGCAAGUAUGCAAUGUGUUUAGGUGUGAAUGUCAGUUGUAAUCUGUAAUCUGUAAUAUCAAGUAAACGUUAUUAGGAUUGGGAGAGGGGGUGCUUAUGGUAUUUAUGUCUACAAGUAAGGUGGUUGCCAUAAAAAAAAAAUUUUAAGU